CGUGGACAGACUACAUGACCGUUACGGUGGACAAGCUCAAUGCCAUGAUUGCCGGCACCGAGCUCGAAAGCCACGACGUCAAGACCAUUCUCCUCAUGACGGCCCGCGAACCCAGCCAAGCCCCCAUCUUCAACCACGCCUCCAUGGCUCACAACAACCACUUCUUCUUCCAGGGCAUCGCCCCCAACGGCACGCCCAUGCCCGACGAGCUGCGCCGCGAGCUCGAGGCCUCCUUCUCCUCCAUCGAGUCGCUCCGCCUCGAGUUCAUCGUCACCGCCUCCGCCAUGUUCGGCCCGGGCUUCGUCUGGCUCGUCAAGGCCGGCCCCGGCGACUACCGCCUGCUGCCCACCUACCUCGCCGGCUCGCCCUAUCCCGGCGCCCACUGGCGCAUGCAGUCCACGGACAUGAACACCGUCGGCAGCGACGGCUCCGCGCGCACGUACCUCAGGAACCAGGGCCUCGGCGCAAGGAGGAGAGUCGGCGACCUGCCCCCCGGAGGCAUCGAGCUGGAGCCGCUGCUGUGUCUCAACACCUGGGAGCACGCCUGGCUGCUCGACUGGGGCAUGGGUGUGGAUGGAAAGGGAGGAAAGGCUGCCUACGUCGAUGCUUGGUGGAAGCUGAUUGACUGGGAGAAGGUACACCAGAGAUCUGGCGUGCUGCGCCCCGAGUUCAUGUCGGAGACGUCCCCAUGAAGAGGUGGUGACGGGCAAGGGAGGAGAUGAAAGAAGAAAGAAAAAAACAAACAGAAUAAGAAGCCAAGAGAAUUGGGUGCCUAAAGAACAAGAGAGGGUCAAGAUCAAUGUGUAUAUGUCAUACUAAAAAAGGAAGACGCUCCGCCGGCGUUCUUGAUAUGGGGCGUUGGAAAUGUUCGUAUCAAGACGCCUGGUCGGAAGAGAUGUAAGAUAGUGUAAAGGUACUAUAUAUACUUAUUAUGCUCUAUCUG